AUGACAACAAUGAUUCGCCGAUAUUUGAGUGAUUGCUUUCCAGCUGAUGAAAAAGCCAACGAUCCGACCGUAACAGCUGCCUUAUCUGAACUUAGUUUCCCAGACUACUACGACACAUCAAUGCCACUCGGAUUAUUUCGAAUUAAUCAAGCAAUUCAAAAUUUCUCUAUUCCUAUAAAAAAUAAAAUUUCAGUAAUGCCGGAUUAUAUCAACCUUCGCAAGGAAAUGUUAGCAGAUGAGCAACAACGUGCAGGAUAUACCAUCCAUAAGCGAUUAUAUUUUCGGAAUCUUGUUCACCUAGGCAAAGAUUGUGAAAAAGAAAACGCGCCGUUUGUGUUUGGUAAUCAGCGAAUUGUUUCAUUAAUGCAUGAAAGAAAUAUGCCUUUUGAAGUACCAUGUUUUACUUGCUUAAAGAAGCUACCAUCAGCUAAUAUUGUUAAUGCUUUUUAUAUUCUUCCACGGAGGGAUGUUUUUGCGCCAAUUCCAUUUCGCCAACGUAUGGAAGCUUUUUCUGCAUAUGAAUUUGAUAUACAAAAGGAGGAUGAAAGCAGAAAAGAAGAAGAAAUUAGCAAACAUUUACCAAUUCCUUCAACAAUAACAACAACUUCAGCAUUAUUUGAAAAUCAAACUCAUACAACAACAAUGAAAAUGACCACAAAAAUGAUCCGAAAAGAAAAGAAAUUGCAAAAACGACAAUAUCAUCGAAUUCCGUUUGCUGCAUUUUUAUACAAUUUCGCCACUAAAAGUUAA